UGUUAUUUAUUGCAAGCAACGAGAGAGAGAAAGGCAACUUCUUCAGUUGACGUUCCUUUCCAUAUAAUUCUGAGGAUCUGGCAAACUUGAUCUUCAAUUCUCCUAUACAAUCUUUCUUCCCUUUCAAUUCUCCCCCAAAUAUCUUCAAAGAGACUCCAACUCUGAUCUCUGAUUCUGUGCUAAAUUGAGCCUCUACCCCCGUCAUUUCGUAUCAAAUUGCAUCAUUUUCGGAGCUUCAAGCCGGCAAAACAGGGAACCUCUUUUUCUCAACCUCAAUCAAUAACACAGUCAGUUUCUCUCUCUCUCUCUCUCUAUCUAUCUAUCUCAAUAAGCUCGGCGUUUGUUAUUUUUGGCUUGAUUAAGGGGCAACAAAUCCUGAUUUAGUGGAGAAGACGGUUCCUAGUUUAUUGCAUUUUGAAAUGCGAAUUUCUGUUGGAUGAAUUUGAUUGCGAAUCCCCAUUAGGGUUUCUGAGCUUUUUCAUUUUCCUUUGCAUUUCAUGCAUGGUUGGUUGGUAAUCGUGGACUGUUGCACAACUGUUUUGUUUUGAUUUGGGUUUGAAUAAUCACAACUUCUUUUGGGUGUUUCCUUCCGCAUUGAAAUUCGAUUUGAUUUCAAAUAAUUUGUGAUCGAGAUAUGAGGAAACAAAGUUGGAAGAAAAAGGAACAAACAGGGGGAAAACCAGGGGAAUCUAAUGGCAAGCAAAAUUACGACAGCGAUACUGCUGCUUUCAUUGCUAUGUCCCAUGAAAUUAAGGAUGAAGGAAACAAACUCUUUCAAAACAAGGACUAUGAAGGCGCAACGUUGAAGUAUGAGAAAGCUAUCAAGUUGCUUCCAGGAAACCACAUAGAUGUUUCUUAUCUCAGGAGUAAAAUGGCGGAAUGUUAUAUUCAGAUGGGUGUUAACGAUUAUCCUCAAGCUAUCCAUGAAUGCAAUUUGGCUCUCGAAGUUACGCCCAAGUAUAGCAAAGCUCUCCUAAAAAGGGCUAGAUGCUACGAGGCUCUAGAACGGUUUGAACUAGCAAAAAGAGAUGUUACUACAGUUUUGAAAAUGGAGCCAAAGAAUCUCACUGCCUUGGAGAUUUUCGAAAGGGUGAAAAAAACAGACAAAAGUGGAAUCGAAUCGCCUCAACCUUCAGAGAAGAAGCUGGGAAAGAAGAAGGGAAACCGAUCUUAUGAUGCAGAAGAGAAGAAGGCUGAAGAUAAAUUGGUUGUAGAAGAAGAACAAGAAGGGCCUAUAAGGAAUAUUAAAUUGGUGUUUGGAGAAGAUAUAAGAUGGGCACCUGUACCGAUCAAUUGCAGUAUUUUGAAACUAAGAGAGAUUAUAUCCGAAAGGUUUCCAAGCUCAAAGGCAAUUCUAGUAAAAUAUAAAGAUCAAGAAGGCGAUUUAGUCACUAUUACCACCAACGAAGAACUCAGAUGGGCUGAAGCUUGCGGAGACCACGGUUCUCUCAAGCUUUACAUAGUUGAAGUUAGUCCAGAGCGAGAUCCUUUGUACUCCCACGUUAAAACGGAAGAAUCCAUCUGUAAAUCUUGUGUGAAUGAAAAAAAUGCAAGUGUGAUGAACAAUGUUAUGGAGCCAACUUGUAUUGAUGACUGGAUAAUUCAGUUUGCUCAAAUCUUUAAAAACUACGUUGGAUUAGAUUCAGAUGGGUAUUUGGGUAUUCACGAGCUUGGUUUCAAGGUCUAUUCUGAAGCUAUGGAGGAAGCUGUCACAAGUGAAGAAGCUCAAGAUCUUUUCAAUUCAUCAGCAGAGAAAUUCCAGGAAAUGGCAGCUCUCGCCCUUUUCAAUUGGGGAAACGUUCACAUGUCCCAAGCAAAGAAGAGAUUAUACUUCAUUGAAAAUGACCACAGUUCUGUAAAAGCGCAAGUUUUCUCCUUGUACGAUUGGGCGAAAUCAGAAUAUGUAAAAGCAGGAAAACGGUAUGAAGAAGCGCUGAAAAUCAAACCAGAUUUCUAUGAGGCUGUUUUAGCUUUAGGACAACAGCAGUUUGAACAAGCAAAAUUAUAUUGGUAUUAUGCACUGGCUACUGAUGCUGAUUUGCAGAAAUGGCCUUUUUCUGAUGUUAUCCAGCUUUAUAACUAUGCCGAAGAUAACAUGGAUAAGGGGAUGCAGAUGUGGGAAACGACUGAGGAGAAGCGUAUAAACGAGCUGUCGAACCCAUGUAAGGUUAAACUUGCGAUACAAGAAAUGGGCUUGGGGGAAUUAUUUAAGGACUGGUUGGAGGAUGAAACUGUGGAGAAAUCUUCGAAUAUGAGAUCCCAGAUUAAUCUUUUGUGGGGUAAGAUGUUGUAUGAAAGAUCAAGUAUGGAAUUUAAGUUGAAGCUUCCGGUCUGGCAAGAAGGUUUUGAAAUAGGGAUUGAGAAGUUUCAACUUGCUGGAGCUUCUGAAACUGACAUAGCACUUAUUGUGAAGAAUCAUUGUUCUAAUGACUCUACAGUUGAAGGUAUUGGCUUCAACAUUGAUGAGAUUGUACAGGCUUGGAAUGAGAUGUAUGAAGCGAAAAGAUGGGAAACCGGGGUUCGUUCUUCUCGUUUAGAACCACUGUUGAGAAGACGAGUUUCUAAACUUUGUCAUGAUCUUGAGCAUGUCUGAUAUCUUUAAGUGAAAGUGUGGAAACUUUGUAACAAUUGUAGCUGCAAUGAUUCCUUCUGAAUUUUUUCGAGGAGCUUUCACUUGCAUUUGCAGGAAUGGGGGCAGGAUUCUCCAAUUCAAUUUUCAUAUGUAAUCAUACAUGGUAAAGAUAGAAACAUGUCACUCUUUUUUUUUAGAAUUCUAAGGACAAUUCGGAGUAGUAGAAAUCUCUUAAUUUUUUUUAUGGGUUUUGGUCAGUCUCAUCGAUUGUCCAACCAUCGUGUUUGUCUACUUGCUAUAGUUUAAGAAGUAUGUGUUGGUACAAGAAUGAUCUUAGGUAGUUUGUUUGUCAAUGUUGUUAUUCAUGCACCAUUUGUCUUUAGAAAUUGAUUCAUGUAAACUUGGGAAAAUGGUUACAUUAGAAUUCUCUAUUUGGAUUAAAUUGUUUGAAA